AUGUAUUCGCAGGCUACGCGCAAUGUAGACCUCACUAAGACCGAGACAGAGCUGUCCACCAACAUCCGCAAGGCCACCUCCAUCGAAGAGACAGCGCCCAAGCGAAAACAUGUGCGCGCAUGUAUCGUCUACACGUGGGACCACAAAUCCAGCCAGUCCUUCUGGAAUGGCAUCAAAGUCCAGCCUAUCCAAGCCGACGAAGUGCAGACUUUCAAGGCGCUCUACACAGUCCACAAGGUCCUACAAGAAGGCCACCCGGUCGCGCUCAAGGAGGCACAACAGCAUGUCGGCUGGCUGGAAGGUCUCUCCAGAGGUAUGAUGGGCGGAAUUGGCGGCGAGGGCUUGCGCGGAUAUGCGCCUCUGAUCCAGGAGUACAUUUUCUAUCUUGUUUCAAAGCUGAAGUUUCACCGCGAGCAUCCGGAAUUCAAUGGAACCUUUGAAUAUGAGGAAUACAUCUCGUUGAAGAGCAUCAACGACCCGAACGAAGGAUAUGAGACCAUUAGCGAGCUCAUGACCCUCCAGGACCAGAUCGACAGCUUCCAGAAACUCAUCUUCUCACAUUUCCGUGGCGGAUCCAACAAUGAGUGCCGAAUUAGUGCGCUGGUGCCAUUGGUGCAGGAGAGCUAUGGUAUCUACAAGUUCAUCACGAGCAUGCUUCGUGCUAUGCACACGACCCUGGGAGACGACGAAGCUCUCAGCCCUCUGCGUGGUCGCUACGAUGCCCAGCACUACCGAUUGGUUCGCUUCUACUACGAAUGCUCAAAUCUGCGAUAUCUCACUUCACUCAUCACCAUUCCGAAGCUGCCACAAGAUCCGCCCAAUCUGCUGGCUGAAGACGAGAACGCUCCUGCCCUGCCUGCGCGACCGAAGAAUGAACCUGUCACCAAGCCGCGCGACACGCCCCCACCUCAAGCAGCGACUGAUCCGGAGCCGAUCAACGAGUUCUGGAAGAACGAGCAAGCACGGCAGCAAGAAGAGUAUGAAGCUGAGCAGCGUAGGUUGCAAGCUCAGUGGGAGGAAGCUCAACGACAACAGAUGUUGCAACAACAGCAAGCCCAGCGCGACUUCGAAGAGCAGCAGCGAUUGGCGGCUGAGCAGGCGAGGCUCCAGCAGGAACAGUUGCAGCAACAGCAGUAUGCGCAGCAGACACAAGGUCGCAUGGCAGAGCUGGAACAGGAGAAUCUGCGAGCACGUGCUCAGUACGAGCAGGAUCAAUUACUGCUGCGACAGUAUGAUACGAGGAUGAAGGCGCUGGAAAAUGAGCUCGCCUCGCUACAAAGCAACUUCCAGCAGCAGAGUCAGAGCAAGGAUGACCAGAUACGCUCGCUGCAGGAACAGGUCAACACUUGGAGGACGAAGUACGAGGCUUUGGCCAAGCUUUACAGCCAGCUUCGACACGAGCAUCUCGAACUGCUGCAGAAGUUCAAGGGCGUGCAGCUCAAGGCAGCAUCCGCUCAAGAAGCGAUCGACCAGCGCGAGAAGCUACAGCGAGAGCUCAAGACGAAGAAUUUGGAACUCGCAGAUAUGAUUCGCGAGCGAGACCGUGCGCUGCACGAGAAGGACCGAUCACAGGGUGGACACCGCGAAGAGUUGGAGAAGCUUAAGCGUGAGCUGCGCAUGGCUCUCGACCGAGCAGAAAACGCGGAUCGCGCGAAGGGCAGCGAGCUGUCGGCUAUGCUCUCACGACACAACCGUGAGAUUGCAGAUCUUGAAGAGGCGUUGCGCAACAAGACGCGUGCACUGGACGAGAUGCAAAUGAAGCUCGGCGAAGGCAGCUCAGACCUCGAGCGUCAAUUGCGCGAGAAGGAAGAAGAGCUGGAGAUCUACAAGUCCGGCAUGGAUCAGACACUGCUCGAGCUCAACGAACUCCGCCAGGGCAAUGGCGUCACAGACAAGGCCAUGGAUGAGCAGAUCGAUGUCAUGCUUCUUGAGAACAUCAAGAAGAUCAAUGAGCUGCUGGAUUCUGUCCUGCAAGCCGCAGUACAGCGCGUUGACGAUGCUUUGUACGAGCUGGACAGCUCAAUGAUUGCUGGUAACCAGAACGCAAGCGGACCUUUCGUGCUGUCACAAAUCGAAAAAGCACAAAGCAGCGCGAUGGAGUUCAGCACUGCCUACAACAACUUCAUUGCCGAUGGACCAAACGGCGCACACUCUGAAGUCAUCAAGGCAGCCAAUGUCUUCUCCAAUGCCAUCGCGGACGUCCUUUCCAACACGAAGGGUCUCACGCGCUUCGCCAGCGAUGAGAAGAAGGCCGACCAGCUCAUUUCAGCUGCGCGUCGCUCAGCCAGCGAGACCAUCAACUUCUUCCGCGGCAUCAUGUCGUAUCGUCUCGACGGUCUGGAGGACCUGCAAAAGACCGAUGUGGUCAUCAACAAGAACAACGAUGUGCAGAUUGCUCUCAACAACCUCAGCAAGCUCGCCGAUGCUUUCGCACCGAAGUCGAAGAUCACGGGUCAAGGCGGAGACAUUGGCGAGAUUGUCGACCGAGAGAUGAUGAAUGCUGCCAAGGCUAUCGAGGCUGCCACUGAGCGCCUCACCAAGCUGAUGAACAAGUCUCGCGAUGGAUACUCCACAUACGAACUGAAGAUUCACGACUCCAUACUUGAUGCGGCCAUCGCAGUCACGAAUGCCAUCGCUCAGCUCAUCAAGGCGGCAACAGCAUCGCAGCAGGAGAUCGUGAACCAAGGCAAAGGGUCGAGCAUGACGCGAAGUCAGUACUACAAGAAGAACAAUCGCUGGACGGAGGGCCUCAUUUCUGCCGCCAAGGCCGUCGCAUCGUCAACGAAUAUGCUCAUCGAGACAGCAGAUGGAGUGAUUAGCGGCAGAAACUCUCCCGAACAGCUCAUUGUUGCUGCAAAUGACGUGGCUGCCUCUACCGCACAGCUGGUGGCCGCGUCCCGUGUCAAGGCCAGCUUCAUGUCCAAGACUCAGGAGAGGCUAGAGGAAUGCAGCAAAGCUGUAACGAGUGCUUGCAGAAGCCUAGUCCGCCAAGUGCAGGCCAUCAUCGAGAGUAAGAAUAAGGGCGAGGACUUUGAAGACUACACGAAGUUGAGCGGCCACGAUUUCAAGGUGCGACAAAUGGAGCAACAGGUCGAGAUCCUUCAACUGGAGAACGCACUCUCUGCUGCUCGGCAUCGUUUGGGCGAAAUGAGAAAGCUCUCUUACCAGGAAGAAGAGGAUUAA